AAUGGAUGAGAAGUACUGAAGAUAACGUGUAUGUACAGGUGAGAAAUGCGGAUGAAGGAGGAGCCCUAAAGAAAGCAAAGGAGCAGCGAUGAAAUCGGAUAUCCGAAAAAUUCGGAUGGAUCUGUCGAUAUUGUUUUCGGAAGCCCGCGUCGAAUCAGCGUCGACGUUUCUCGUAAAUUCUAUCUUCCUUGCAAAUUCCAGAUCGUGUCGAAUUUAUAAAUUACAUCAAAUCCCCGCUUAAUUUGGGCUAAAUUCAGCGAUGGAGGAUAAACCGCUAGGGAUUCUGAGAGUUCAUGUGAAAAGAGGGAUUAAUCUCGCGAUUCGCGAUGCCACGACCAGCGAUCCUUAUGUUGUUGUAACAUUGGCUCAUCAGAAACUUAAGACGCGUGUGAUCAAUAGUAAUUGUAAUCCAGUGUGGAACGAACAACUGACCCUUUCCAUCAAAGAUGUGAAUGAUCCAAUCCGUCUGACGGUGUUUGAUAAAGACAGAUUCUCGGGAGAUGACAAAAUGGGUGAUGCAGAAAUAGACAUGAGGCCUUUCCUAGAAGCGCAUCAGAUGGAGUUAGAUUUCCAGAAGCUCCCCAAUGGUUGUGCGAUCAAGAGGAUCCGUCCAGGAAGGUCCAACUGUUUGGCUGAAGAAAGCAGCAUCACUUGGAGUAAUGGGAAGAUCAAACAAGACAUGAUUCUUAGACUAAAGAAUGUGGAGUGUGGGGAAGUGGAGAUCAUGCUUGAGUGGACUGACGGUCCAGGCUGCAAGGGUCUUGGCCGCGAAGGAUCCAAGAAGACACCAUGGAUGCCAACAAAACGAUUGGACUAAAAGAUGCAGAAAUGUUAAAACAAGACCGUGAAGAUGUGAUGGUUUUUUCUUCUUAUGUUCAUGGAAAGACGUCUUUGUCUCAUCAGACUUUAAUUACAAAAAAAAGGCUCUGCUUUGAUCUUUAGUUGUACAUGUCGAAUAACCCAACCCUUACAUAUAUUUGUAUCUGUUUCUACUAUUGAAGAAAUAAAGCAAAACCUGAAUUUCUA